AUGUCUUCACCACAACAAAUCAAGACUACGGUUACCGAUCUUCUCAAGAUCAAGCACCCAGUCAUGCUUGCUGGCAUGAACGUUGCUGCUGGACCUAAACUAGCAGCGGCAGUCACCAACGCUGGCGGUCUGGGUGUAAUCGGAGGUGUCGGCUAUACACCUGAUAUGUUGCGCGAACAAAUUUCUGAGCUCAAGUCAUAUCUCAGCGAUAAGAACGCACCAUUCGGUGUUGAUCUACUCCUGCCGCAGGUCGGUGGCUCAGCACGAAAGACAAAUUACGACUACACCAAAGGCAAGCUCGGCGAGCUCGUCGACAUUAUCAUCGACAGCGGCGCCAGACUAUUCGUCUCCGCUGUUGGCGUACCGCCUAGAGAAGUUGUCGAAAAGCUACAUAAGCACAACGUCCUUUACAUGAACAUGAUUGGCCACCCGAAACACGUCCAGAAAUGUCUCGAUUUGGGCGUGGAUCUCAUCUGCGCUCAAGGUGGCGAAGGUGGUGGCCACACUGGCGAUGUGCCAACGUCUGUUCUCAUUCCUGAGGUCGCCCGAUUGUGCGCAGGCAAGACCUCUCCACUUACUGGUGAACCCGUGCAGGUCGUCGCGGCAGGUGGUAUCUUCAAUGGUCAAUCCCUGUCCGCGUGCUUGAUGUUGGGUGCUGGCGCCGUCUGGGUCGGCACAAGGUUCGUGCUCUCAGAAGAAGCUGGUGCACCAAAGGCCCACCAGGAGGCGGUCCGAACAGCCGGCUUCGAUGACAAUGUUCGCACAAUCAUUUUCACUGGCCGACCUCUCAGAGUCAGGAAGAAUGAAUACAUCGCAAACUGGGAGGAGAACAGACAGGCUGAGAUCAAGCAAUUGACAAGUAGUGGUACUAUCCCUGUUGAGCACGACUUGGAACAGGCUGGCGAUGAUAUUAGUGACGAAAUGAUGGACCAGGCGAGACCUUUCUUGAUGGGCAAGGUUGCUGCUGUGGUAAACGAGAGGAAGACAGCACGUGAGAUCAUUGAUGAGAUGGUUGGUGGUGCUGUGGAUUGCAUGACAAAAGGAACCAGCAUGAUUGUUGCCAGGAGCAGGCUGUAA